AGUUAAGUGUUGAUGUAAAAACAUGAACGUGUAUAAUUAACUGAAAAAAAUUUGUAUUUCGUAUUUAUAGGUAUUAAAUUUGAAGGAGAGGCAUUUAUACAAUUAAAUAACAACGCUAUGGCCGGCGCGUCGUGACGGUCAUUCAAAUGUUUUACAGAUUUUACUUGGUUCUGUUUUCCCGCGAUUUUAACAUCGUACGGUACUUAUAAUGUCUUCUUCAUAAUCACCGUUGUCCUCACCCUCACCUUACAGUGAUAGGACCAACCAUCCAUACGGUACACGAUUAAUACUUUAAUCAAUUAUGGCACCCAGAACAAGUAGUUGGUCAGUGUGGAAUAAUGCAUCGAGUACGGACAGAUACAUCAGGUCGGCAGACGAUUGGAUCGAAGCACGUCAAAAGGACGACGGUACAGAAGGGUUGUGGAGAAUUCACGACGGGUUGUAUGAUUUUCGGCAUUGGAUACACAAACACCCCGGAGGACCGCAAUGGUUGGAAAUAACGAAAGUAGGCGUACCCGAUUUUGUUAAAACGUGUAUAUAUUUUUUUUAAACCCUCGGAAAAAACAAUUAUAAUAUAUAAAUAUUUAUUAUUGCAUUUGACGUGUAAAUUCCUAUCCUUUGUCAUUGUGCGAGGUAGGUUCUAAAUGUUUCAAAUAAGUGUUGUUCUUUUUUGUCGCAUAAAAUAAUCAUGUGGUCUAGUCUAAUAAAUAUUAAAUUUCUGGUAUGUGAUACUAAAGUCAUAAACGAAUCGUGUUACCUUCUACAGCAGAGGUCGGGAACCUUUUCAUGGCAUUGAUAACUGAUAAACCAUUUUUUAAAAACAUUGCAAAACAAUGAUUUUAAAAGAGCCACACAAUGGUUAAGAUAAAAAAAUAACACACUAUAAUACAGAAAAUGACUAAUUUAAUUUACUAAACAAUUUCAUUAAGAAUUGGUAGGCAUUAAAAACAUAAUACAUAAUAAUAACAUAAUAUGUCUUAAAUUUAGAAAAACUUUAUUUCAUUAAUACAUUAAUGCGCAUUAUUAUUAUUGUUAUUGUUGUUAACACAAAUAUGAUAUAUUAUUUAAUUGGAGCAGUGGUUCCCGACCUUGGGGUAAUUACCCACAAGGGGUAAAACACGAGUUUUUGAGGGGUAAACCUACCUAACCAAACUAUUUUUAUUUAUUUUAUGCACUUUAUACCUAUUAUUAUUAACUCUCCGUCAGUCACGUGUACUACGAUUAUAAUAGUUUUUUUUGUGAGGAUGGAAUAGAGGGGUAUUUUUUAAUAUCUAACCUGAUUUUUGGGUAAUGGUCUCAAAGAGGUUGAGAACCGCUGAAUUAGAAUUUAUUAAGACACAUUAAUACAUAAAAAUAAAAAACGUAUCUGUAUAAUUAGUGGGUUUUUUGACACUGAAUUCCUGCGCACAGUUUAUUCAGAUUUGGAGGGUAGUCUGAAGUGUAAAAAAAAUUGUAAUCGAAUUUUAAUUAAUAUUUUAUCUGUCUAGCUCUAGAUCUAGAGAGUCUAGAUAUUGAUGCAUUUCCUAAAAAGCCACAGAUUAGAAUAGAAGGUCUGAGGUAAAUAUUAAUGGGUGAAAUAUUUUGUUGGGAAGGGGAUCGCAAUAAAAUAGUUUCGUUCCGGGGCGCAUAUAUUCUAAAUAUAUCACUGGGAGCGCCGGCCGUCGAUUUUAAAUAUCAUAUAUAUCUAAUGUUAUGAUGGGUAUCUAAAAUGAUUAUAGGGUACCGACAUCACAGAGUUAUUUGAAACGUACCAUUUGAAUGGAAAAGCAGCGACGGAAGUGAUGCAUAGAUUUUAUGUACGUCCGGCGGAUUCACCCAGGAAGUCACCUUUUACAUUCAAACCAGACGGAUUUUACAACGUGUUAAAGUCUAGGGUCGCCAAGAAGUUAGCAUACACCAAGUUGCCAAACAGUUUGUCCUUAAAGUCCGUGAUGGUGAUCGACUGUUGUUUCUUCGUCACCCUCGUCAUGUGCGCUGCGGUCGCCCGAACGGAAAAUUAUCUAUUGGCUUUGAUAACCGGUGUCGCUCUGGCGCUAGGUUCUGUAGCUAGUCAUAACUUCACUCAUCUCAAGGAUAACUGGAGGAUGUAUUAUUUGCAGCUGAGCUUGUUUUCCGUUCGGUGAGUUAUAUGCAUUUCAAAGAUAAUUAAACAUAUUAGCACUCGAUUAGCUAUCAAUAUUAAUAUAUAAAACCUAACCUAUACUAUAGAGGACAAAGAUAUUUAUAAUAAAAGGAGAUUUUGACGGCUGUAACACUGAAAACUGAAAUCAUGCACCAGGAGAUCAAUAACCACGGUUAGUCUUCGGAUUGUGGUCAGGUAGUUGUGCUGUCGUGAUGCAAUAUAGCAGAUGAGUGGCAGCUAGAGCUAAGGCACUAUAAAAGGGUUUGUAGUGAGUAGUUACUCACAAAAUAUAUAGUGAGCCGACUGAUGGUAUUUUAAAUACAUCGUAAACCGGUAUACUAAAAACUUUCAUAACUUGAAAAUUUGAAUUUUUUCGUGCCAUGAAAUCAUUUAUUAUGUAUGGACCCUCCAAUAAAAAGAUAAACUGCACUUUUUGACAAAACAUAUUAUAAUAGACGAUAUGCCAAUCAGCUCAUUAAAUAUGAAUCAUAAUUAGGAUAUAAUCGUGAACACACAUUGUGUAGCUCAAUGACCGCCUAUUACUAGUUCGUAAUUUGACAAACGACGACUUAUGAACGCCUAAUAUUACUUAUAGAGUUAAUGUGUAGCACCUUUUUUGAAAGAAAAUCGGUAUGUGGAGGUACUUUAAGAAAGUCAUUUUUCGAUUUUCUUAGGAGUUUUCUCAUCAAAUUUGAAAAACUGAAAAAAAACGGGAAAAUAUAAGAAAUGUAGAUAUUAGUUAAAAUAUAUUACGCCCCUUUUUUUUUUCCAGUGGACAACUUUUAUACUAGCAAUUUUGCUCCAACUUUUAAUGAUAAUAAUUUUUUUUAAAGGAAAUUUCACUAGGGAGGUACUUUGGAAAUGUCAUUUUUCGAUUUUUUCCGGAGUUUUUUCAGCAAAUGGGAAAAUCUGGGAAAAAAAUAGGAAAAUCAGGAAAAAAGUAAGAAAACCGGGGAAAUCGGUACAAAUAUUAUUAAAGAAAAUAUAUAUAGUCUACUUACUUAUUUUACUAUGACAUAUAUAUUGUUGACAAAGCAUCACUGUCAACUGAACUCCGCUUAGAAUUGUUUUUUUCGUAAGCAAUGGUUUAUCGUUGCUUAUUGCAGAUAUACAUUAAAUUCUCGUCUGUAUCCUACUUUCCCAACUUCCCACCUACACCACAAGUUGCACCCGUCUCCAUUACUUUACUUUUCUUUUUACUUUUGUAUGUCCUUUACAGUGUAAGAAGUAACAAUAUUUUAGAAGGGAUAUCGGUAUAUGUAAAGUUUAUAUCAUAUAGCAGAUUUAUGAUGAAUAAAUAAUUUACAAGGGGAGCGUAGAAUAAAAACGGUCGGGAACCACUGUAUAAUAUAUCUGGUCGUAGUUACAAAACAGUAAUAUGAAAUAGAUAUGUCGAAAAAAGUUACAUAUUAUUCAUGGAUACAGUCUUCUACUAAAUUCGCCACUGCAUGAUGGGUUUAAUAAAAAUUAUGUUCUUGUAGUGAAUGGAGAAUAUCGCAUGUGGUGAGCCACCAUGUUUACACGAACACUGUGCAAGACUUGGAGAUGACACUACUCUAUCCAUUUAUUCAUUGGUUUCCGACAAAAGACAAACCGUGGAUCGUUCUUUGGUUGCCCUUUCUCACACCCAUCGCAUACAUUUUCACUGGGACCGUGAUAUUUAUUACCAGGUAUAAUAUUAAUUUUUGUUAUAUAUUAGAGCAAAUACUACUGAUAAUACUGCAAGGUAAGGGCGGAUCUAGGGAAGGAGCACUAGGGGCAAGUUCGCAAAAAAAAAAAAAACAAAUCAAAACAAUUAUAUUUGUAUUUAUUUAUUAUACAUAUUACAUAUUACAUUGACGUACUAAAUACAAAUAUUUUGUUCAUAAUAAUGUACACAAUAUUGACAAUACUAUAUACGUAUAGUAUGAUUUUUUUAUAAUUGUAUUGUAGUUAUAUUUCAUUAGUAAUUAAAAAUGCAGUAUAGUAGAAAUUUCUCUAAUUUAAGUGCCCCCUCCAUAAACAAGAUCCUGAAUCCACCCUUGCUGCAAGAGCGAAAUUAUACCUAUAUAUUUAUUUUAGGACAUUAAAGCGAAAAAAUGACAAAGCCGACCUUUUAAUUUUCGUCAUACCAGUCAUAAUGGUAUUUUCUGGACGCAUGACCAUCUCUAAUGUCUGUGCCAUGUGGUAUUUCAUCAUAUUAACAUGCAAUUUUGUAUUUGUGUUUCUUGGCUUCAGCGUUUCACAUCAUUUACCAGAAAACUUCCACGAUGGAGAUUUUAUCGAGUAAUAAACAAAUCAAUUUAAUACUAUAAUAAAUUAUCUUUGUAGUAUAUAAUAUAAUUUACUAUAGGACCGUGUUUAAGAAGGAGAGGGGGCAUUUGGGGCACCUUGGUUUCAAACCUUUUUAAAAUGAUUGGGCGCCUGACUCAAUAUAAAACUCGAUACACCAUUAACAAUAAUAUCACUAUUAUUAAGCCACUAUUGUUGUUUGCUUUAUUUUCAAACACUUUGCUUUAUAAUGCUUAGAGUAAUGUUGAAUAUUGUUUGAUAAAUAGAAAUAGGUAAAUACUACCUAGUAACGUAAUAUGUUAGUGUGUAGUGUGUAUAGAGAAAAAAAUUCAAGAGUUGGGAAGAAUCCUAUUUGGUAGAAAUCAUUUGUUGAAAUUAAUAUAAAUUGAAUAAAUUUAAAAAAAAAAAAAACACAAAUUUGGGAGGGAUUAACCCCUCAAAUCAUCCCCAAGUAAGACCUAAAGAGAAAGCGUUUAAUUGAUGCCUUCGGACGCAAAAUGGAUUAAAACGGCUCUGUUUAUCUAUCUCUAAUCUAUAUACAUAUAAAUGUUAAAUGGAAAUCUUUAUCACGCAUGUUCUCUGAAACUACUAGACCAAUUUUUACGCGGUUUUUCGUAAAAUGAUCCGUAUUGUCCGGAGGUUUUAAACCAUUGAAAUCCUUGAUCUGAUCAAUAGAAGUAGUAAACCUAAACCAUAGUAGGUUGGACCAGAUACAAAAUAAUAAUUUAUAAGUAUUUAGGAUUCUGAGUGGAGCGAAGAAACUUAUGGUUUUACAAAGAUGUUUAUUUUAUUAUUUUAUGGAAGUUGUCUACAGAAUCUUGUUGCAUGAACAGAUUUUGCUUGGAUUUUUAUGUGUAGCAUCUUUUCUGAAAGGAAAUCGAUGUGCAGAGGUAUUUUGGUCAUUUUUCGAUUUUCUCAGGAGUUUUCUCAUCAAAUGUGAAAAACCGAAAGAAAAAAAACGGGAAAAAUGUACGAAAUAUAUUAGUACAAUUUUAAACAAAUAUUACUAAAAUAAAUAUAUAAUUUAAUUGUUUUACCAUAAUAUGGCAUAUCUAUUGUUGACAAAGCAUCACUAUCAACUGAACUUCGCUCAGAAUCCUUUUAGUAAGCAAUGGUUUAUCGUUGCUUACAGAGACAAAUUAAUAUACUCUCUAUAUCCUACCUUCCCAACUUCUCACUAAUAACAGUGGCUGCACCUGUCCCUAUUAUCCUAGGACAUCUUUUUCAUUACUUAGAAGCAACCAUAUUAAUUAAAUAAUUAAUUCUUAUAAGUUUGAAAUGAAAAUUAAAGAAAAAGUAUUUUCAAACGUUUAAGGCCUUAUGGGCAAUAACGGUUUACUUCAGUAAUAUUGACAAGGAUUAAAACAGGGAAUUAGCAGGUUAAAUUGCAACGAAAAUUAGACCACCGCUGAACAGCUAAAUAAAAAGGUAAAAAACUAAAACGUUUUUAACCAUGCUAGCAAGAGAAACUUUGUAUAGGUUAAAAUGGGAAGGAAAACAACGAUUAUAAUUUUUUUUAUUUGCCUAUAGUAACCUAAUCUCACACAAAGAUAAGCAUUUAUUGUACGGGCAAAAUCUGGCGGGACGGCUAGUAUAAUAUAUAACUAAAUACGUUGAAAAAGAUUACUCGCGGAACAAAAUCGUUAUUCUAUAUUUUGAAGUGUCUACCAGUGGUAUUAAAGUAUUAAAGUUAGAAAACGUUGAAGACUUGUUGAAUUCUGCUCAGCGCAUUUCCUUCUGUCUCAGACACUUUCAAUUCCGAUCUUAAUAAAAACAUCUUCAAAUAAUAAAUUCCUUUGGCCAUCCAUCUCACUGGAUAGUACGUAACAGGCUUUCGGAUUUUUGAACUUUGUCAAGUAGAAACCAUUAAUCAAGCGUAUCGAAUAUGGUAGAUGCCAUUUCUAAAUAAAAAUGUUUAAUGUUUUUUUGAUAUAUUCUAAUCAGUAAUCUUCAAACAUAUUUAAAAGAUUCGAGAAGAUUACGAAAUUAAUACGAGAUAAUGGAAAUGGAUCCAUCCGAAUGGAAGAAUAUCUUUUAAGGUUUUUAUUAAUAACCUUUUUUCAGGAAAUUAAAUUUUAUAUCAUUUUUAUAUUAAACACGGUUUCAUAUAUUCAGCCAUUUGACAAAUACAAUUAAAUAACCUUAAAAAAAAUCAGUUUUGCUAAAUACGUGAAAUAUUUUGUAUUUUAUAAUUUUUCUUGGAAAAAACCGAUUUUACAGUAAAUUGAAUAAUAAUAAAUUAUAUAGACAUUAAGAAGAGUUACUAACAAGUCUUUCAUCAUUUUAUGAUCAGUGACAUAGUUGUUGAAUUAUUUGUGAAAAACCACAAAAGUAUCCUAUUUUUUCAUUUUUAACCAUCUUGGGACACGGGAAAGAGGUGAGUUAUCAUGACUAAGUUUCACACAGAUUAUUUUUAUACGGCAAGGAAUAAAAUAGGAGGGCUCGGUAAUCAGAAAUAAUAAUAUUCAAAAAUAGGGAUCACCUUAGUCUACCACUUUAGAAUGUCCGCUCAAUAGACGAGUAGAAAAAAAAAUGUUUAACAAGGCUACGUAUUCGGAGACCAAUAUUUUAUCAAUGUCAACGGUAUAUAUUAGACGGAAUAAAUUAUGACAUACCUAUGAAUUAUCAUGCCGUAUCGACGAGUUCGGACAAACCAUACUGCGUUAUUUUAAAUACUUCGAACCACAUAAUUAUACAAACCAUAUCCAAGUUCGGGCCAGGGGCCAAGUGGUAUAUGAAUACGGAACCCAUCGUGAUUUUUUAUCUAUUAGGUUUUAGUAUUAUACUACAGUGGUCGCUGCUUAAUGGAUAGUCACGGUUAAUUGACUAUUGGACUAUUGGACUCAAACAGACAAACACACAGACAAAUAUUCGUUUAUUAGCUUUACUACACCGGUUAAUGGAAUCAUUUAACAAUAUGAUAAGUAACAGAAAUAGAAAAAAAACAUGCUAUUUGACGCAAGCUUAUGGUACCCGUAUUUCAUCGUUAUCAUAGAGAUAAUAACUAAAUUAUCAUUUCGCGAUACCAAAAUGUAAGUACAAUAAGUCAAUAAUGAACCAAUUACCCAAGCGGUCGUUGGUUUUUAAACCUAUACACCUGAGAAACUGGUGUACAUAUUAUCAGCUUGUCCCGUGUUACUAUGAAUAAACGCAGUGAUAUGAAUGCGGGUGAAAAAUUAGACUUUUAAACUUUAGACCUUAAAAUUAGGCAAACUUAGUUAACUUUGUUUAGUUUUAUAUCAAAAAUAAAUUAUGUACAAUUUGUUAUUUAAAUACAUAAUAUACAUAAUUAAUUUCCAUUUUAUGCAUUCAAUUAAUCUCAAUGAAUAUUUUAAAAUUUCAAUUUUUCCACAUACGUAUUAUUUUGUUGAGGAUUUUACCGCCUUAAUGACUCAUUCGGUUAAUCGAUUCAAAUGGUCUUGUCCCUAAGUGAGUCUAAUAAGCGGCGACCACUGUACCUAUGUAUAGAGUUCAGUGCGUCUAUGUAUUUUCAAAACUGCCCCACUCUAUUCCAAUUGAAAAAUAACAUGAGAUCGAUUUUGUUCCAUUUUAUAUUUAGCUACAGAUAAAGAAAGUCAUAUUUUGAUAUCCAAAGUAAUUUUCAUAAUAAUUGAGGAAAAAGUAAAAAAGACGAUUUUUUUCUAAUUAUGGCGCAAUGAUUUCAUUAGAAAUUUUUUGAAAAGCUUUUAAAUAGCUCAAAAAUAGCUAAAUAAUGAAAAAUUGUCCACGUCUAGAAAAGGUAAACAUAAGUUUUCUUUCCAAAUUUCAAGUAUCUACAAAUACUUUUGUAAAAAAAAAUGAAAAUAAUACAUUUCGUAAAUUUUCCCGUUUUUUCCAAUUAUUAUGUAUAAAAACCGCUUGGAAAAUCAAAAAAAUUCCUUCAAAAAAAAAAAAAAAAAACAUUUCACAUGAUAUAUAGGAGCAAGAUUUUUGGUAGAAGUUGUUUACAGAUAAAAAUUAAAAAAAUAACAUCAUUGUAAAACAAAUAUUUUUCUCGCUUUUCUCAGUAUCUAAAAUUAAAACGAACAGAGAAAAAUGUACACCAUCGUAUAAUAACGAAAUAAGCACUGAAUAGUCUUUAUGUUUUAUACGUCUUUCUGUCCUCCCAAUUAACUUUAUCCUUAUUGUUGAAUAUUGUAAUCUGUCAUAAUCGGUAUUCAAAAUAGAACGUGAUGGUUGGUAUGUAUGUAUACACGUUUGAAAUAUAUUUGAUUUUGAACUAAGAUAGUUGUCUAUUUUCAAGGUAUCGGAGAAAAAUAUUACUGUACAUGUCUGUAAUAGAAAGAGUCCGUUAUUAACAAAUCAAAAAACCUUGUUUGUAUUUUUGCGGGACCUUAUUAUUUCGCCUCUAAUAUACAGGUUUCACUAAAUAUUCAAAAAUAUCCUUCAAUAACACUUGUAUAAUCGUUACACAGACGUCAUAAUUAUCGAUACAAAUGUGUACAUACAAAAUAGGAGUUUUUCUGGGACUUCCAAUUAAAGGUCAUUCCAGCCGAUAUGUCACUAUAGUCAUAUAGGUACAACCGGUCAAACUAUAAACGGUAUCUACAGUAUUUUUAUUUGGUAGGUAGGUAUCUGGUAUUAAAAUUAUAUGACUUAAGAGAAAUGCUUGAAUAUUUAACACAAGAUAUAUUAUAAGUUGUAAUUAGUGGUUAAAUUUGAGUUUAAUUAGUAUUUUUUUCAUAAGCGUUUUAAAAUUAAGUUUUAACAAAAAUCGUAAAAAAUUACGGCAUUUCAAAAUAUGUCUUUGAACAUCGUUCCGAAUCGUUUGUUUUUCAUUAACAAGGUUUAGCUUGGCGCAUAGAUAUAAAUUAAACUUUCAAACUACAACAGUAGCCCCCGUAUCAGCUCUUUUUAUUUUUAUUUUUAUCAAUAGUAUUUCAGUGUAUCUUUUGAUUAUAGUACUAUAGCUAUGGCUCAAUAUUGUUGCAAAACUUAGAAGAUGGUAUUUUAGUAGUUUUGUUUGAAUGCCAUUUUUCUAACUAUCACGUUUUAAAAUUAUUUAUGCACUCAUUUUGAUGUUUUAUAUUUUAGCGAUCAAUACAUUGAUUGGGGAAUCUAUCAAAUGAACACCAGUGCGGAAAGGAGUGAACCAUUUAAGAAUAAUAUAUUUUUUCAGUUAGUAACAUUUGGUGACCACACUUUACACCAUUUAUUCCCUAGUCUAGACCAAAGUUUAAUACCACUUGUACAAAAUAUUUUUGAGGAUACUUGCAAAGAAUUUGGCAUGGAUGUAUCACAAAAAUCAGUUAUGUCGAUUAUGCACGGACAGUUUAAACAAUUGGUACGGCUUACUCCUAGGCAUAAGCCAUAAAUAGUUCAAAAUUGUCUCAAUGAGUGGUGCACACAUUACAUUUUUCACAUAAAUAUCAAAUGUAAAAAUGUCUAGGUACCCAUCUACCUAUCAUAAUUGGGGCAAGUUUUAACCUUUCAGCAGGUGCACCUCUAGAUUUUACAUGAACAAGUGCAUCAUACUUUAUACUACACGGACGUUUUUUAAAUAUAUUUUAUUAUAAUAAAGGAUAAAUAAAAGAUUUUUAAUAAAUAUACUGUUUAGAAACAUUUCACUCUAAUUUAUACAUUUUUUAUAAUAUUUAACUGUAUGCGAUAUAAAAUAUAACGAUUAAUAAAAACCAAUUUUUUUUUUCUUCUUUUAUUAGGUAGUCUACUCUGAUGAAC